AUUUAUCACUACCUACCAGAAUUUCUGAAGAGUCUGAUAAGUGGAAAAGAAUUCGUUGCGAUAAAGUUUCUCAAGACAUUGAGAAUUCCUAUGAAGAUAUCAUCAAACAAAUUUCACGUUAUAAUAAUAAUGAAACAAUAUCCCUCAUUAUCGAUACAAUGUUAAAUUCAAAAUGUUGUGCCAGAUGUAUUCUUAGGUUUUUAAAUGUCUAUGAUUAUAAAAUAUAUUCUGCAUCUGAAGAGAUUUUAUUCACACUUAUUAGUCGCAUUCGUGAAGAUUUUCUCAAAUCGAUCGAUCCUAAACUUAUUUCAUCUACUGAACAUUCUUUUACUGAAAUACUUUCAUGCAAGCCCCUAGAUAAACCUAUUUGCGUUACGUGUUUCGAUCUUUUAUAUCAAGCUGAUACUAUUGAGUGUGUUUGGCCAAUUUAUCAGACCAUUCUAGCUCAUAAUUUUGAUGUAAAAGAUUUUAAUCUCGCGGUUUCUAUGCCUAUUGGUAUAUUGGUAAAUAAUCAUUCAAUGAUGGUUUGGAUUCGAAAAAUGUGCAAUGACUUAAAAGUUCAUUGUUCUUUGGAAAUUUUAGCUGAUUCAAAAGAAAUUUUCAAACAUUUGCUAGGUUGGAGUAUUGAACAACAAACUGGAUUGGUAUAUAAAUGUCAAAGUCAAUUUAACAUAUCCGUAGAAUAUUACCAUGAAGAAACGCAACGAAUCCACAUGUUUUUGACGAAAAUACCCUCGGCUGAAUUUGAUAUGAAAAAGAUUCGCGUCAAAGGAAAACAUAUUUGGACAGGAGACUCACGACCAAACAUAAGUAACGCUUUACAAAAAGUAUCGGAUGAAGAAUUUUUAAAAAUGUGUCAUGGUUGUCCUCCAUUUUCUUUGAAAGAACGAUGGAAAUAUAGACCACCAAUAUUGGAACACACAACUAUUUAUGUUGGAGGGAGAUAUAAUAAAUUUUCACGAGAUAUUAGUCAAACUCCAUGGAUUAUUAAUGGCAUAAAGUUGGCACCAACUUCGGUUUCCGAAUGCAUUGGAGAGAAAAUACGCGAACUAUUCAGAUGUGACGGUCGAGAGGAUUCUAACGUACGUAUGUUAGGUAAUGGGAGACCAUUUUUCAUAGAAAUAAUCAAUCCUCGGAAUCCUUUUCCAUCUCAAGAAGCUCUAAAUGAUGUACAAGAAGAAAUAAAUAAGGAAAAUACGGAUUUGGUGCGAUGCCAGAGAUUAACAAUUAUAACCAACAAACAAGAUUUAUCUAUUAUAAAAGAAGGCGAAGAAACAAAAACAAAAACAUAUAGUGCACUUGUUUGGAUUUCUAAAAAAGUAACACCUGAGAUAAUUGACGAGAUAAAUAAAUUUCAUGAUGAAUUCAUUAUCAAACAGCAAACUCCAAUUCGUGUUUUGCACAGGCGAUCACCAGCAAUACGCACUAAAAAAAUCCAUUAUAUUUUUGCUGAACAAAUGGAAGAUAAUUUUCUAACAUUAAGAAUAAAAACUGAAGCUGGAACAUAUGUUAAAGAAUUUAUUCAUGGAGAUUUGGGAAGAACUGUUCCAAGUUUGGGGGAUAUGAUCGGAUGUCAUGCAGAUAUUUUAGCUUUGGAUGUUUUAGAAGUUGAUUUAGAAUGGCCAAUUCAAUGA